AUGGCGAAUCCGCCACCACCACCACCUCGCAAGCUAAAAGAUUAUUCGCAGCCAUCCCUGACAGAUUUCCCACAUCUUGCUCCUACACCAAAUCUCGAAAGAGGUAAAACUCAAGACAAGAGUGGAGAUGUGCAGAGCCCCACUAUCCAACUUACAUUCUCAAAAAGAUAUCUAAAGAAUAAGUUGGAUAAGCAGUUUGGUAAGUUCUUGGAGGUUGUUAAGAAUUUGCAGGUAACGGUUCCUUUCAUUGAUUUAAUCACACAGGUUCUUGCAUAUGCUAAACUCAUGAAAGAUAUUUUGGCUAGGAAGAGAGCCUUUAAUGAGGUAGAGACUGUAGCUUUUACUGAAGAAUGUAGUGCAUUACUACAAAGCAAAUCUGCACCCAAAUUAAAAGGAUCCUGUUUUAGUGUAAUGCCAUCAUCUGUGUGUUCAAAGCUUAAUAUGGGUGAUUUAAAAGUUACUAAUAUUACCUUGCAAAUGGCAAAUCGUUCUGUUAAAUACCCUUUAGGUAUUCUAAAUGAUGUUCCUAUUAGGGUUGGUAAAUUUUUUAUCCCUGUUGAUUUUGUUAUUUUAGACAUGGCUGAAGAUACACAAAUUCCUAUUAUUUUAGGAAGACCUUUCCCUCACAUUGCAGGGGCCAUAAUUGAAGUUAAAAAUGGAAAACUCAUUCUUUCUAUAGGGGAUGUUAACAUCACCUUCAAUUUAGGGAGAGUUAUGAAAGGACCUAUGCUAGAGGAAAAAUGCUGCAGUAUUGAUGUUAUUGAUAUUAUAUGCCAUGAUAGCUUACCCCAAGUUCUCACCCGAGACCCCUUAGAGGAAGUUAGAGAGGUGGAUGAAAUUGAGCAAGCUCUAGUGAAUGAGCAACUUAGCCCUGAUGAGAAUGAUAAGGUAGAAAAUUUAAUUCAGGAAUUGUACUUUGCAGAGGUAAAGAAACCUGAACUUAAACCUCUUCCUUCACAUUUAAAAUAUGUAUUUAUUGAUGAGCAAAAACUGCACCCUGUGAUCAUUAGUAUUGCACUCGAUGACCCCCAAACUUCCCAACUUCUAGAGGAAGUUGUAAAAAGGGAGGUUAUGAAGCUACUUGAUGCAGGUAUUAUUUAUCCUAUCUCUAACUCAAAGUGGGUAAGUCCUGUUCAGGUGGACAAAGCAAAGGUAGAAGUGAUUGAGCAAUUACCCCCACCAGUGAAUGUUAAAGGGUGUCUUGAGUCUUUUAACAGGAUUAAGAAGGCUUUAAUUUUGGCUCCUAUCAUAUGUGCUUCGGAUUGGAACCUUCCAUUCAAGAUCAUGUGUAACGCGAGUGAUUAUGCAGCAGGCACCGUGCUAUGCCAAAGGAAGGACAAAGUUUUGCAUGCUAUUUAUUAUGCAACAUUGAAGUAUCUCAUUGCCAAGGGAGAGACCAAGCCCAGACUUGUUCGUUGGGUGCUCUCGCUCCAAGACUUCGACUUUGAAAUUAGAGACAAAAAGGGAGCGGAGAAUGUAGUUGCAGACCACUUGUCUAGGAUCACAAAUGAUGGAGGUAAGGAUUCUACACCUAUAUAUGAUUACCUUCUUGACGAUAAUCUCCUUGCAGUUGUGUCACAGGGACCUUGGUAUGCUGAUUAUGCCAAUUAUUUGAGGACCGACAAUAUUUCGAGGAGGCACGAGAUGCCCCAACCUAGGAUACUUGAAAAUGAAAUUUUUGAUGUUUGGGGUAUUGACUAUAUGGGACCAUUCCCAUCUUCCAAUGGGAAUUGUUACAUACUCGUGGCCAUUGAUUAUGUGUCUAAAUGGGUCGAGGCCAUUGCUUCACCAACAAAUGAUGCCAAGGUGGGCAUGAAACUUUUCAAGAAGACCAUAUUUCCAAGAUUUGGUGUCCCACGAGCUAUCAUUAGUGAUGGAGGUUCUCACUUCCAUGAAAGACAAUUGGAAAACCUUUUAAAGAAGUAUGGAGUCUACCAUAGGACCAGACUUAGUUAUCAUCCUCAAACAAGUGGUCAAGUUGAGGUCUCCAAUCGAGAAAUCAAGUCGAUUCUAGAAAAAGUGGUAGCUAAGUCAAGGAAGGAUUGGAGUAUGAAGCUAGAUGACACAAUUUGGGCGUACAGGACCGCAUUCAAAACACCAAUUGGUACUUAUCCUUAUAGAGUAGUGUACGGUAAGGCAAGUCAUCUUCCCGUGGAAUUGGAGUGCAAAGCUUUUUGGGAAAUCAAGGAGCUUAAUAUGGAUUCUUAG